GGGGGCACAUUCAAAUGGACCGAGUUUAGACAUGGUGAUACACAUCCGGGGAGUAUACAAUGUGAAAGAUGUGCAUCUUGCAGCCCGGGGAUGUACACAGCCCCAUCAUCUAACCUUAGAUUCCCAGGUCUUUGUUAAAUUGCCAACAUUCUAAACGUUCCAACAUCCAAAGUCGGGAGGUCAAGUGCCGUCUGUAGAAACCGUCUCUUCUUUCCGAGAUCCCGUCCACUAGUUCGUGACGGUGGGAUCUACAUGAGGCAUUUGGACUUUCCCCUCAUCAUUUCCCCACACUAUACAUCGAUGUACAUGCAUGAUUCUAGCCCUCCACCCCCCAGCCCUCCAAUCGGGCGAACAACUCCCGGUCAGCAAUCAAUUCAUGACCUCAUAUAGUGAUGUGUCCGGUUUGAAAUGACACGAGUUGCAGUAAUUUGUUCCCCCCGGCUUUGACGCCAUAUUAGGUAACCCACUCACCGCCUUGUGAGGCAGCUGACCGUCUCUCUCCGCUUUUCCCUAGAGUUCAAUGCUUGUACAAUCCCCUCUCUUUCGUAGACUUUGCCUCAUCUUUAGUUUUCCCUUUUUCAUCUUCUUCUUCCUUUUGCAUCACUGACUUCCUCACCUGCUACUUCUCAGUGCCAGUCUUCCCUUCUCCUGUGACUGUUGCCUUAUCUCCACUAGUGCCCUUUGGACAUCCACCCUUUGACCCUCUGAUAGAGAGCUUGCACAUCAUGGCUACUCCAUCCUCUCCUUCUCAUCCGGGGCCGGAUCAUAUGGUCACGGUCAAGGUGCUCUACAACGAUAGCAACCGUCGCUUCAAACUCCCUCUGAAGGAGCUCAAGGCUCAGGUGUUCCCUCAAAUGCUCCGAACCCUCCUCGGCGUUCCGGCGGAUGUCAACGUCAUCCUUGAACGCUAUUCCGACAGCGCCGGUUCCUAUAUUCGCCUGGACUGUGACAACAUCGCAGUCUACAAACAGCUCUAUCGGGCUGCCAAGGCCAAAUCUAAGCUCCGAAUUAAAGUUUCAAAGUCCCACCGUCACAGAGCCCGAGAUGUCCUCGGAGCCCUCGGCACCGGCCGAAGAGCCCUCUGUGCCGGAACAGCCUCGAUACAGUUUCCUGGAGACUGUUCUGAGCCCGGCCGAUCUUCAGGCUCGCUCCCAGAACCCCCUCUCAUCGACUCAACCCCAAUUCCAAAGUCGCUUCCCAUUGGCCAGCCUCGUUACCGCAACUUCGAGUUGGACCAGGAGAAGCACCACUUCCCUCUCAUCUCUCACAACUCCGUCAAUGGGAUGUUCUGCAUCGACUGCAAUAACUGUGGUCGCUCCAUUGCAAACGAGCACUAUCACUGCAGUAUUUGUGAGAACGGAGACUAUGACAUGUGCCCACGAUGCGUCGAAGACGGAUCAUCCUGCGGCGGCGAUGGUCACUGGCUGAUUAAGAGAUUUGUUCAAGAUGGUGUCGUUACGAACAGCACCACCGAGACGAUUCCUCCUCGCAACCAGUUUCCUAUUAAGUCUGAGGUGAUCACCAAGCCUCAUGUCCCUGUGAAGGCUGAGGUUGUCCAGGUCCAGGCUCUUCCCGAAACCAUGCCCGAGCCGGUUCUCAAAUUGGAUGUGAAGCCAUCGGAGUCCUUGGAUGCUGCAGUCCAGGGAGAAGAGAAGCCAAUGUGCAAUGGCUGCUGUCGUGAAGCUGAUGGCAGCUAUCUCGUCCGUUGCAAUGACUGCGAGGACUAUGACCUGUGCCUUCGUUGUCUCCUCAGAGAUAAGCACGGUCAUCACCCUGGUCAUACCUUCCACCUUGGCUCUGACCGUAACUUCUCCUUGAAAGAUCUGAUCACUUCUCGCUGUCUUCCUGGUCGUCAGUUCCGCCACGCCGCUGUCUGUGACGGCUGUGACAGGCGUAUUGUUGGCGUCCGUCACAAGUGCCUGGCUUGCCCCGACUGGGACUUCUGCCCUGAGUGCAUUGCUACAGCACCUGAGAACCACCCUGGUCACCGGUUCGUCAAGAUUUAUGAUACUAUUAGUGAGGCUCCUCGUGAGCAUGAAAUCCACUAUGGUAUCUUCUGUGACGGUCCUCUGUGCAAGAACAAGCCUGCUCAAAGCUACAUCACUGGCGUUCGCUACAAGUGUGCUGUCUGUGAUGAUUGCGACUUCUGUGCCAGUUGCGAGGCUCUCCCAACUGACCACCACAACCGCACCCACCCGCUGGUUAAGUUUAAGACUCCUGUCCGCAGCGUGACUGUGAGCACCCUGGGCGAUGACGGCUCUAAGGGAGCACUUGCCCUGGGUGACCGCUGCCAAAGCCGCACUUGGGACAGUGCGGCGGUUGAUGAGCAGGAACCCGUUGAAGUGGAUGCUAAGUCCGUGGAGAUGCCCAAGGCCUUCAAGCCUGAGGUUGAAGCUGCCUCCAGCUCUGGUGUACCGGGCUACAAUGCAGAGUUCCUCAAGGAUACCAUUGAGGACGGCACAAUUAUGAAGCCAGGCAAUGUUUUCUCCCAGACCUGGACUCUUGUCAACAACGGCCACGCUGCAUGGCCCGUUGGCUGUGACGUGCGCUACGUUGGUGGAGACGCCAUGUUCGAUGUCGACACCAGCCACCCCUCAGACACCAUGUCUCUUUACUCGGCACAGCAGAGCAACAAGCUGUUCGCCCCUGUGGAGCCCGGCGAGUCGGCCGAUUUCACCGUGAACCUUCGCGCCCCUGAGCGUGAGUGCAACGUAACUUCUUACUGGCGGUUGAAGCUUCCCAACGGCAUGGCUGUGGGCCACAGCCUGUGGUGCGAGAUUGAGGUGCAGGAGCCUGUUCCUGCUAUGGUCGAGGAGUCUCCCGUGUCUGAGAUUGGCGGAAGUGGCAUGAUCUUCCCCAAGCUGGAGAAGGAGUCCCCCGAGUCAAGCACCAUUCAAGAGGCCCCUGCGCCCCUGGCACCCACUCUGUCCAAUUCUUCCGAAGUCGAUGUUGAGGAUGUCGAAAGCCUAGCUCUUGACGAUGCCAGCACCGAUGCUGGCUUCCUGACCGACGAGGAAUAUGACGUCCUCGACGCCAGCGACCAGGAGUACUUGGAGGCCAAGCAGUCCGCAAACUGA